AUGUUGGGCAAAAAGAUCGUUUCUUUCAAGAAACUUGCCAGGAAGGUGAAGGAUAUCAGUAGAAAUGAGUGCAAGCAAUCACAGCAUGAAUGCUUGCUAAGGGAUCAUAGUUUUGAUGAUGUGGUCACAACCCCAACAGGGUUUUUUGCUAUAUAUGUAGGGGAAGACAGGGAAAGGUUUGUGGUGCCAACAAGCUGUCUCUCCCAUCCACUCUUCAAAAUGUUGUUGGAGAAGUCAUAUAACGAGUUUGGUUUCGAGAAAAGGAAUAGGCUUGUGGUUCCAUGCAACGUCUCCACAUUUCAAGAGGUUCUCAAUGCUGCUGAAUGUUGUAACGGAAGGUUUGACUUUGGAAAUUUGGUUGAGGAGUUUCUAUAG